AAUAAUAAUAAAGAACUCAACGACAAGUCGUCGAGAAAGAACACAUUUUGUUCAGAAAAUUUCUAAGCGGUAAGUAUUUAAACAAGUCAGUACACGAAGUUCCUUAUCAUAAAUAAAUUAAAUAAUAAUCGUCUCCAAUACCGAAUUCCGGCACAUAUUGAACCUGAUAAGAUUUAAAGACGGAACGAGUUUCCCGUCUGGUCGCUUAGUCUCCGUAUCCUUAGUUUCCGACAACAAACAUUACCUACUAUAAAAAGCCUCUGUUUGUUAGCAUUCUUUACCAUUAGUUGGUAUCUCUUCUUGCAGACUCACGGUCAGCUUCGAGAGCCACUUCGUUCCUUUACAACGUACUUCUUCAAGUUUAUUUACUUUGAAACCUAAAUUACUCAAUCAUGAGGGAGUGUAUUUCUAUCCACGUCGGACAAGCCGGUGUACAAAUCGGUAACGCCUGUUGGGAAUUGUACUGUUUGGAACACGGAAUUCAACCAGAUGGACAAAUGCCCAGUGACAAAACCAUCGGAGGUGGAGACGAUUCUUUCAACACCUUCUUCUCGGAAACUGGAGCCGGAAAGCACGUUCCACGUGCCGUCUUCGUUGACUUGGAACCAACCGUAGUUGAUGAAGUCCGUACCGGAACUUACAGACAAUUGUUCCAUCCCGAACAAUUGAUCACUGGCAAAGAAGAUGCCGCCAACAACUACGCCAGAGGUCAUUACACCAUUGGUAAAGAAAUCGUUGACUUGGUUUUGGACAGAAUCAGAAAAUUGGCUGACCAAUGUACCGGUCUUCAAGGUUUCUUGAUCUUCCACUCCUUCGGUGGUGGUACCGGAUCUGGUUUCACUUCUCUCCUUAUGGAACGUCUCUCCGUUGAUUACGGAAAGAAAUCCAAAUUGGAAUUCGCCAUCUACCCUGCUCCCCAAGUCUCAACAGCUGUUGUUGAACCAUACAACUCCAUCUUGACCACCCACACCACUUUGGAACACUCCGAUUGUGCCUUUAUGGUUGACAACGAAGCCAUCUACGAUAUCUGCCGAAGAAAUUUGGACAUCGAACGCCCAACAUACACCAACCUAAACAGAUUGAUCGGUCAAAUCGUUUCAUCCAUCACUGCCUCCCUUAGGUUCGAUGGUGCAUUGAACGUCGAUUUGACUGAAUUCCAGACCAACUUGGUACCAUACCCAAGAAUCCAUUUCCCCUUGGCCACAUACGCUCCAGUAAUCUCUGCCGAAAAGGCCUACCACGAACAAUUGUCCGUUGCUGAAAUCACCAACGCCUGUUUCGAACCCGCCAACCAGAUGGUAAAAUGCGAUCCCCGUCACGGUAAAUACAUGGCCUGCUGUAUGUUGUACAGAGGUGAUGUUGUUCCCAAGGACGUCAACGCUGCCAUCGCCACCAUCAAGACCAAGAGAACCAUCCAAUUCGUAGACUGGUGCCCAACUGGCUUCAAGGUCGGAAUCAACUACCAACCACCAACUGUUGUACCAGGUGGUGACUUGGCUAAGGUACAAAGAGCUGUAUGCAUGUUGUCCAACACUACUGCUAUUGCCGAAGCCUGGGCUCGUUUGGAUCACAAGUUUGACUUGAUGUACGCCAAGAGAGCUUUCGUCCACUGGUACGUCGGUGAAGGUAUGGAAGAAGGAGAAUUCUCUGAAGCCCGUGAGGAUUUGGCUGCUCUCGAGAAGGACUACGAAGAAGUCGGUGUCGACUCCGUUGAGGGAGAAGGUGAAGAAGAGAACGAAGAAUAUUAA